GCAUUCUCUUCUUCAAUACUGUGAUAGAAGAGAUUGGGUACUUAACGUAUGUGAGUGAAUGUGAAGAUUCACGCCUCAAAAAAUUCUUUUAUUCAACUAAAAAAAUUAGCUAAGUAUUGUACUGUAGGGCCUACACAUUUUUAAAAAUGAGCUGGGAUUCAUAUAUCGACAACCUAAUUGCUCAGAGUAAAGACGCCUCCGGAGCAUCUCAUGCAGAUAAAGUGUGUAUAAUAGGCCUAGAUGGAGGAGCAAAGUGGACAUCGGACGACCAUGAGAAGGCUUUUAAGUUAACCGCUGAGGAGAGUGCUAACAUAGCGAAAUGCUUCAAAAGUAAAGAUUUUACAUCGUUCAUGACGAGUGGAUUACGAUGCGAGGACCAGAAAUAUCAAUUUUUGAGACAGGAAGACGGAAAAUUAGUCUUAGCAAAAAAGAAAGAAGUAGGUUCUGUCACCCUCCAGGCCUCAAAAACGGCAAUUGUUAUAGCAUUUACCGGCGACUCUCAUCAACAAGGUAACACCAACAAAGCUGUAGCAGUAAUUGCAGACUAUCUUGAAAGCACGAACAUGUAGGCUGGGGCCCCAUCCAUGGGCAGGCCCACCCAGAGCCCAUCAACAAGGAUUAGCCUAUAGGACUAUGCAUUGCAAGAUGUUUUUUCAAGGACCGAUUAGAUACAGACGGAAUAUGUAUUUGGCUGUUUGGCUAUUAAUUUUUUGGAAGUCAACUCUCUUCGGAAUCAGCAGUAGGGAAAACAGUUUUUACAACGCCGAUGUAUAUCCAGGCAGAGGGAAAAUCUUUUAUUAAAGGUCCACGCCUUGGCAUAGGCCUACCCAAUGCAUUUGAUGUGUAGGAGAGGAGAACACAGUGCCGGUGGAACAUUCCAGAAAAAAAUGGCAAAAUCUUGAGGAGCUUCCAGUGAACUACAAAUUAUUUUUUUAACCUGCUUUCUUUUGUGCGUAUUGUUUCAUGACUCAAAAAUGUAUCCACACCCAAAUCAUUCAUAUAGCUAGACACUUUCAAUUGGAAUUAUCUCAGGUUAAAUUCGUAUUAACAGAACUGCGCAUGCUCUUAAAAGAUCUGUUAAUAAUAAUGCAACCUACCAAUCACAAGUGUGUUGCCGUAUUAGCGGUUGUGGCGCCAGGAUUUGUCCGAUGGGGUCUGACAACUGUUGUAUGUCCAUAUAUAGUCAUGAUGUGCCUACAUAUGGCAGUUAUGUGAUGUCAUCAUGACCAUAUUUAGACAAUUAUCUAUUAACACACCGUCGGCCAACCACUAUUGAAUUUCACGGGACAACCUAUGGGGCACUUCUUUGAUUAGUGUCCACUGAGGGGUUCUACUGUACAUGUUUUAUGAAGUUGUGACUAAGUUUGCGUGCCAUAGUUAUACCCAACAGCAGUGGCGGCGCUAUGGGGUGGGGGAGGGGAGGCAAUCCCCCCGUGGGGAGCCCCCCCCCCCACCAGUCGGGGAGAAAAAUCACGGUUCGUUGGGGAGAAACAAAAAUCCAAAAAAAUUACAUGUAUU